UGCGACUGAGUUUUGAUUGUGACAAAGCAGCGUGGAGAACAUAUUGAGCCUUUCCUUUUUUGACGUGAAUGUUAAACCUUUAAUCCGAUAAUGGGUAGCGAGUACUACGAGAGGCUGGAAAUAAACAGACACGCAACAGACGCAGAUAUCAAACAGGCGUAUCGACGUCUUGCAUUGAAGAUUCAUCCGAGUAACAAAGAAACUGGAAGCACCGAGAGAUUCACUGAGCUGGGUGAAGCCUACGAUGUGUUGAGCGACCCUCGAAAAAAGGCAACCUAUGACAAGUUUGGUGCGGAGGGUCUAAAAGGUGGCAUCCCACCUGAGUUGGCAGAUGGGGCUUGGUCAUCUAAAUAUGACUACCAUGGAAGCCAGACCAAACAUUCAGAGAAUUCUUUGGUUGGUGACAACCCAUUUGCAGGCUUCUUUACAACUGAUGCACCACUUCAGUUUGGUGGCCUGCGACUAGGAGCGGUGGUGAAGACACAAGAUCCUCACAUAGAGAGAGACCUUUCAUUUGUCCCGGAUGAUCUCUUCUACGGAUGCACGAAGAAGAUUAAGAUAUCUCGCAGGGUUAUGAAUGAGGAUGGGUACACAUCCAGCAUCAAAGACAAGAUCCUGACUAUAGAUGUGAAGCCUGGAUGGAAAGAAGGCACGAGAAUCAUUUUCCCCAAAGAGGGAGAUCAGGGACCUAACAGCAUCCCUGCAGAUAUUGUGUUCAUAGUGCGACAGAAGAGUCAUUCCCGUUUUGCCAGACAAGACAAUGACCUGAUCUACAAGGCCCCGAUCACUCUGAGAUGGUGAGCCUUGAAUGGGUUCUCUGUGGAUGUUGAGACACUAGAUGGCAGGCUAAUCAGUAUCCCCAUCAAUGACAUUGUGCAGUAAGUAAAUACAUUUUUUUCCCUUUCGUACAACAAAGUGGUGACUGGCGAGGGGAUGCCGCUGUUUCAGGAUCCUUCCCAGAGAGGAAACCUCAUCAUUACUUUUGACGUCCAGUUUCCAGAGAAGCUCUCCCCCGAGAGGAAGCAUUUGAUCAAGCAAGCCCUAGCUUUUAAAUAUUGAUCACGUUGUUAUACAUGUGUUGCCAUCCCUGUGA